AUGGUCCGUUUCCUCACCGACAAGCGCGUAGCCCCAACCCCAGCCACCAAGCCCGAACAAAAACAAGACCUCCUCGUAAUCGGCGCCGGCCUUCCCCGCACAGCAACAUCCUCCCUCCAAGCCGCCCUGGAAGAACUUAACCUAACCCCUUGCCUGCACAUGGCGCAAAUAAUCCCCCACACCUCACGCCAAGAACUCCUCAUCGCAACCACGCACAUCAAAGACACCGCAACACGGCAGAAACAACUCCACACUCUAGUCUCCGGCUACGCCGCCGUCUGCGAUAUGCCGGCUAUAUUCUUCCUCUCAGAUUUGAUGGACAUGUACCCUGACGCACGGGUAAUCCUGACGACGCGACCUAACGCGGAGACAUGGGCGGAGAGUUGUCGUGAGAGUCUUGGGUUCUUUUUUACAAGGUGGUUUGCUGUUCUUGGGUUGCUUUGGGGGACGGAGAGACUGUGGUACAGACUUAAUAUGAGGAUUCUGGAGUGGUGUAGGGAGAGGUUUGGGGCGGAGGAGGAUAUAUUUUCCCUGGGGCUUUAUGAGAGAUAUAAUGAGUUUGUCCGGGAGGUUGUUAGGGAGCGUGGAAAGGAGCUUUUGGAGUUCAAGGCUGAGAAUGGGUGGGGGCCGCUUUGUGCUUUUCUUGGGAGGGAGGUUCCUGGGACGGAUUUUCCGAGGGUUAAUGAGAGGAAGACUUUUGCUUUUAUUAAACGGGUUCUGGUUUUGAAGGGGGUUGUUAGUUGGAUGGUGCUUGGGGGGUCGGCUUGGUUAGCAUGGAGGUAUGGUCUGGCUUUAUUCUUAUACCUAGUUGCCUCCUUAGGUAUAUAG